GCAAACCUCAGUAUUGUGUUGGAUCUCGCAGUGUGAAGAUGUCGUCCUCUGCCAACCCCUUUAUUACAGUGGCAGCGAUUCUUGCGGUUCUGGCAGUUGCCGUCGAGCCUCAGGGAGUCAUCGAUAUCUUAGUCGUCAAGCAAAACGAACUCUUCCGUCUUGUAAAAGGAUUAGAGACGAUACUGAACUCCAUUAAAAACGAGUCUGUCAACAACGAACAACUGGAACUCCUUAACAACAAGGUUGAUGCAGGUAGGUCCGCAAAACAUGGAUCUCAGAAACAAGGAUUAGAGACGAUACUGAACUCCAUGAAAAACGAGUGUGUCACCAACGAGCAACUGGAACUUCUUAAAAAGAAGGUUGAUGCAGAUUUUGGAGUGUUAGGGCGAUAUUCACAAAGUCUAUUCGAUGGUGUCUAUCUCCCAGCGAACUUCGAAAUGCCAAGUUUGGAUUUUCUUUAUAACAUCGCUCAAGGCAAAAACACAUCUUCGAGCAGUAUUUAUUUCGAAGUUACCAGUUAUGAAGCAAUGAUGGCCAUCGAUGACAGCGACUGCACGAUAUUCCAUUCCGCAGGAGAAAUCCGUCCUUGGUGGCUGAUCGAUCUGGGACCGGAACGAGUCUUUUACCAUAUCUUGAUUCUGGGUCGCCAAGAUUGCUGUUCAGGAAGGCUAUAUGACCUUGAGAUUCGCCUGGGAAACAGCUUGGAGACGCCUGGAAACUUCUCUUCUUUUGAUCUUCUAAAUUUCUUCAAAGGACCUUACAAAAAGGAAGACGGAUUCCUCGUGUAUACCUUUCCCAAGGGUGUUAAGGGAAGAUACCUAAGUCUACAGAUCGUUGCAGAUAAGGAAGAAUAUCUACAGCUUGCCACUGUCAAAGUGAUCGGUUUAAAGAACUAAUUAGCUAUCUAACUGGCCACAAUUCUUUUCUUCAAAUAUUGUGAAGUUUUUAAAGUCCUUGAAUACGGUUUCAGCUAAUUGAAAUAUUAUACAAAGUUUCCUGUAUUACGUAUCUUUCAAUAAAUUUAUGAAGCUGCAAA